UGGCCUGUAAUUGUGGGGUGGUGUUCAAACAUAACCUGAAGAGUUUCCAUGUGAAAUCGAUUAAUCAAGUAGCACGAUUUCUGAGUUUCUCUUCGCAGCACUUUUUCGAGUAGGCCACUUCCUUUAUGCAAAGUGCAAGACACCACCAUCCCACGUGGUUCUGAAGCUGGUUGUCUCAAUGAUCGGAAACUAAGGCAAGGUCCGUGAAGACGACGAAGUCCCGGGGCCAGGGGCCAGUAGGUCAACCCGUCUUUGUUCUAGGGAUUCGUUUGCAAGCGCUUACAUCCUUAUCUGGGAUUCUCUUUCGAUUUUCUUAUUGGCCAAGAAAAGAAAAAAUAAAGAAAGAAAAUUCAACGAAACAAUUUCUCAAACAUCUACGCGCUCACCCACCAUAUUAAAUUCAUUUACCACCCUGAAUUUCUUCUGCCUCACAAAGCUCAACUCUUCUUUCCUCCCUCCCUCUCAUGGCAGAAAAAGUCUUCUCUCUCUGGGUUUUCCUUCUACUCCUGCAUCCAGUAAAGCCAGCUGAUGUAGCUACACCCUUGUUGGACGGGUUUAGCAGCGGGUUCAGUGCUGCGGGCAACAACUUGACCUUAGACGGCGUUGCAGCGGUUGAGAGCAAUGGCGUACUUCAGCUAACAAACUACGACACGACCAUGGCACCCGGCCACGCGUUCUAUUCAAACCCAAUCCAAUUCAAGAACUCCAGCGGCGAAGUCAUGUCAUUCUCCACCUCCUUCGCUUUCGCUAUAAUCCCCCAGCCUGGGAAGCAAGGUGGCGAUGGCCUCGCUUUCGCAAUCUCUCCCGCAAAAGGGAUUCCUGGGGCUAAUGCGGGCUCUUAUAUUGCCCUCUUCAACUCCAGCAACGAUGGGAACUCCUCGAACCGCAUAUUAGCGGUCGAAUUCGACACUUACAUGAAUGCAGAGUACGGUGAAACCGAUAACAACCAUGUUGCCGUCGACAUC